AUGGCCGACGACGCCCGAGCCCAGCGCCGCGCCCGCAUCCUCGCAAGCCAAGAGAAGCGUCUCAAGUACGUGACGGGGCAGACGGGGUCGCUCGCGCCCGCCAAGGACCCAGCCCAUGACACGCUCGAAGAGAUGGCGAAGGAGCUCGAGAACGAAGAGGCGGCGACCAAGGAGCUCGUGAUGCCCUCCGUGCGCGUGGACCCCGCCCAGCGCCGCCGCGACGCUGCGCUGCGAAAGGCCAAGCAGCAAGAAAAGGUCGCCGAGCGCCUUGGUAAUGUCGAGAAGGAAAAUGAACCCGAGACGCCAGCGACGGCGGCAACGACCUCGACCACGCCGACGACCACGGCCGUCCAGGCGCCGACGCGCACCGCAGACACGGCCAAGUCCAACUACUCGCGCGACGUGACCAUGUUCAAGAUGGAGCAAACGGGCGCGCUCCUCGUGAUUCUCAUUGCCGCGAUCGUCGUCGGGCUGACGCUGGACCUCGAAGGCCUCACCGCGUCGGUGCUCUCUAACCCACAGUACGCCGCCGUCCAGGCGCUCCUCGCGCAGGGCAUCCCGAUUGAGUCGGUCAAGCAGCAGCUCGAGCGCGACCAGAUGGACGUGACGAUCCUCGACCACAUCCAAGCGUCGCUGGCUCGUGGUGACAGCGUUGCGCCAGCGUCCUCGAGCUGGUUCCUGCCGUCGUUUUCGCACCCGCCGCUCAUGCUCUUCCCCGUCGCGAUUCGCCUCCUCUUCUCUGUGCUCUUCAAGGUCGCCCGCAGCAUCGUGGGUGUCCCCGUGACAGGCGACCACGAAGCCGACGACUCGGGCAUGAUCAUGAAGAUGGUGCUCAGCCAGGUGCCGAUGCUCCGUGACAUUCUUCGCAUGGGCAAAAAGCUCUUUGAUGACGUGUGCGUGCUUGUGGUGCUCGUCUGCGUCACUGCCGCGCUCCGCGUCGUCGUCCUCUCAGCCUAG